AUGGCCUCUUCCCAGCAUUUACGGCCGUUUGCCUCCUCGAGACCGACCCUAGUCACAGCUCUGCAUUCCCAAGUCCGUCAAGAAGCAGAAUAUAUUCAGGAAUGUAUAGCUGCCACGCACCGCCUUCACAGCAGUCUGAAAGCAGAGAUAGCAAGGACAGAAGCAAAACUAGUGGAGGCGCGGACACUCGAGGGUUCCCGGGACAUAGCCAAUUCUUUGAAAAGGAACAUCAGAAAAAAGCGAUCACGGCUGAACAGAUGCCUGAAGAAUCGACAGAUCCUCGAGGCAAGACUGAUCACUAUCUUUGCAGACAUCGCCCGAAUGGAGCGACAACAAUGGCGCCACAGCUCGCCUAACCUCCACGGCCUUGGGAUCGCUGAUUCUCCUACCGGCCCCAGCUGGCACACACACAUGUACUUCUCAACUCCUGGGGCUCCAGGCGGUAUGCUCGCUCUCAACGUUCCGACCCUUCAAAUGCAAUACCAAGGGUUUCCAGAAGCGCUGUACCAGUCUGUUCCUGACGGUCCGCAGACACCAUUGAUACGCCCAACACUGUUUUCUCAAGCGGGAAUUGGGCAUCCACACUUGCAAGACUUCGGUGUCGCUCAGGCUGGCCAUGAGCUAGGAAUCAGCCCUACUGAUACAGUUUCGCCGUGCGAAUUAAGCUCCCCGAACGCCUUUCCGGUUGCUUACAUUCCAGCUGCCCAAGUAAACCUCGUUGAGGUGCUGGAUCAGAUGCACAUCUCUCAACCACAUACGGAGACUUCGAACAUACCGACCACAGCGCCUGAGCAGAGGAAUUUGGGCUUGUCACAACGUCUCAGCAUGCUUGAUCACCAAAGUGCCGCGUUUCGACUCGAGAAAUCAGCAGCCAGAAAGGGCCGGAGUCAGCGUUCCUGCUAG